GUCCAACGAGCGAGCAUCACAAGAUGAGAACUGGAUUAAUUUUCUUACUUCUUUCGUUUUUCCUGGCAAGUGGAGUAAAUUCACGCGUCUUCGAAUGCGACGAUGAAGGGAAAUGCCCGGCCGGAAAAUGUGUGUCGGGAAUCUGCAAUUGUCCUGCCGGCGAGGACUUCAGCAAGGACUCUCUGAGCUGCCUACCUCUGGCCAGAGGAUAUGGAGAUCAGUGUGAGGAGGACAUCGUAUGCAGCACUUUGAAAGGUAUUUCGGUAUGCUACGAAGGCACGUGCAAAUGUGCCGAAGGAUGGGUUUACUGGAAAGGCGAGUGCAUGAAGAAGAAGGAUUUUGGAGAGACAUGUAGCAAUAACGAGGAAUGCUUCGAUGGAUCUUAUUAUAAUGCCAGAAUUUGCAAGGACGGCAAGUGCGAGUGCAACAAAGGGUUCUACAAACGCGGCAACGAUGAUUGCAGGCAUAUUUCCUCUGAGUUCGACAACCUCUGCGUUCUCGAUUCCGAUUGUAAAGAAGAAUCUCUUAGAUGCAUAGUCGGAAUUUGUAGCAAACCCGUUGAAGAGAAACCCGAAGGACCGAAGGACUACUAUCAUGUCCAUGACCAGGAACGAAGCGUAGUUGAACCAAGAACUACUGGGGAUAAAUGUAAUGUAGACGUUGAUUGUGUGGAACCCAAUACCCAUUGUUCACCGAUUUUUAAAGAGUGCACCUGCGAUAAAGGAUAUUUCUAUACAAAAGAAUCGAAAAAGUGCGCUGGAGAAUUGGGAAGUAGUUGCGAAAAAGACAAAGAUUGUGUGAUCAAUAAUAGCCAGUGUUCAGGGAAAGUCUGCGUUUGCAAAACAACAAACUUCCUCUACUUACAGACUCAUGGUAAUCAGAAGUGUUCAAAACCCUCCACUGCCAGUAAAUUUACAUGCUCAAACAAUGAAAGCUGCAAAGUAUUUUUAAGGGAUUACGAGUGUUUGGGCGACAUUGAAAAGGUAUGUCACUGCAAAGGUGAGCUAAACAAGGACAAUAUUUGUGAAAAGGUAAUGCCAGGUACGACUUGUAUUAAUGAUGAAUCAUGUCAAUACUCAAUGAAAAAUUCUGUUUGCUCUCCAAACAAGAUAUGCGUUUGUCCAAAAGACUUCGUUUUCGACAAUGAUAUGUGCAUCGGAGGUAUUGGGUCUACCUGCAAUAUGAAUGAUGAUUGCCGAUUGGUAGAUAGUGCUUUAUGCAAGGAAAAUGUCUGCGUUUGUGACAAAGGAUAUAUUGACCAUGAAAAUAUGUGCUACAAGUUGUCUAAUGGUCUUGGUGAGGUGUGUGAGAUCGAUGUCCAAUGCUCUAAUAUUAAUCAGGCCGAGUGCAAGGAUCAACGAUGUUCUUGUGCCCCAGGUCAUAUCGACGUAAACGGAUUUUGUUACAAGGUCGCCGAAAAUUUUGGUGAGCGUUGUCCCACGCCUAUUGUCUGCUCCGAAUUACAGGGUUCUGUAUGUUGGAAUGGAAUAUGUCAGUGUCCACUUGGAAUGGUAUCAACGAAUAAAAAGUCAUGCAUCAAUGGAGCCGCAGGAUUAUUCUUAGCGCCAUUAGCUCUUCUCGUUGUAGUUCUGUCGAUAGUAAUUUAAUAUGCUCUAUUCAUUAUUCACUAUUAACCUGUAUAAUUAAAUUUUUAAAUGUGUAUAAAUAAAUUAAAACUCA